GGGAAGGUCACCGGGAGGGGAACCGGGAGGGGAACCGGGAGCGGCACCGGGAGCGGCACCGGGACCGGCACCGGGACCAUGCUGUGGCGCAGACCGGCCGCGCUCGUUUCGCUGCUGAGGGCGGCGGGGCGCGGCCGCCGGUACCGGGAGUCCUCGGCGGGGCCGCGGCUCCGGUCGCUCUGCUCCGCGGCCCCGCCGCAGCCGGUGACCGCCGCCACGGAGCCGUUCCCGGUGAAGCUGCAGGAGGGGAAAACCUACAGCUGGUGCGCCUGCGGGCACAGCAAGAACCAGCCCUUCUGCGACGGCUCCCACCGGGCGGCGGCCCCGGGGCUGUCCCCGCUGCGCUUCCGCCCCGCCCGGGCCGGGCCCGCGCUGCUCUGCGGCUGCAAACGGACCCGCAGCCCCCCGUACUGCGACGGCUCCCACCGGGACCGCGCCGCGCCGCCGCCCCGCGCCUGAGACCACCGGGGGAACCGGGAGAACCGGGGGAACUGGGAGAGCCGGGAGAACCGGGAGAACCGGGAGCUCAAGAGCACCGGGAACUUGGGAGCACCGGGAGCUCUGAAGAACCGGGAGCACCGGGAGCUCAGGAACACUGGAUAAACCAGGAGCUCGGGGGCACCGGGAACUCUGGAGCACCGGGAGCACCGGGAGCACCGGGAGCUCAGGAACACUGGAUAAACCAGGAGCUCGGGGGCACCGGGAGUUUGGGGGCACUGGGAAUUCGGGGGCACCGGGAAUUCGGGGACACCGGGAAUUAGGGGGCACCGGGAACUCAGGAGCACCGGGAGAACCGGGAGCACCGGCAGCACCGGGAGCUCAGGAGCACCGAGAGCUCAGAAGAACCGGGAAUACCGGGAGAACCGGGAGCACCGGGAGCUCAGGAACACCGGGAGCACCGGGAAUUCAGGAACACCGGGAGCCUUGGCAGCACCAGGCUCACCGGGAGUACCGGGAGAACCGGGAACUCGGGAACAUCGGGAGCACCGGGGGCACCGGGAACAUCGGGAGCAGCCGGGACUGUCGAUUUCCCCACAGGAAUUGUUGGACUCCCGGUCGGAAUUGUUGAAUUUCAUGGAGAAAUUGUUGGAUUCCAUGGAAAAAUGUUUUCAUUCCA